AUGUCGGCAGAGGAAGAGCCGACCGGCCGCCGCAGCCGCCGCACGGCCGCCACCUCGAAGAAGGCCGACGCCUUCAGCCGUUUCAAAGAGGCCAGACGAAGUGGCAUAUCCCGCCAAACGAUCGACGGCUCCGACAUUCCGGAUGUCUACGAAGAAGUGAACGAGGAUGAGUACCAGGAGAUCAUCAAGCAGCGCCAACGCGACAAUUUUGUCGACGACGAUGAUGGCGCCGGCUACAUCGAUACCGGGCUUGACGAUUUCGGCGAUGAGAACGAGUGCCAGGAUGCCAAGGAGAAGAAAGAAAAAAAGGAAAAGAAAGUGCCAAGUGAUGCGCGCGUCUCGCACUGCAAGUACGAGUUCACCGUCGACAUGACGCGGAUGAAGGACAUUGCCUAUGUCAGCGAUUCGGUACAGUCUCGCACUUUGAUGGGCGGCCGAGCCGAGCGCAACGAGUUCCAUCUGCUUCACGCCUUCCACCGCAACGACAUGAUCUCCCCGGACAAGGCACAGUCGCAAUUUAAGCAUAAAGACACGCAAUCGACGCAGCAAUCGGCCACGCAGAAGCACGUGAAGAAGGACGACGAGGGUGACGAAGAAGAGGACGGCCCUGGCGCUGCUCACCCCGCCGAAGCUGACCACAAGAAAAAGACGCAAUAUUCGGGGGGUCUGGUGCUCGAGCCGAAGCGCGGACUGUACGACACGAUGAUUUUGUGCCUCGACUUUAACUCUCUUUACCCGUCCAUCAUCCAAGAAUACAACAUUUGCUUCUCCACGGUCAACUACACGCAAAAGGACUCUGACGAUCUGCCGGAGCCUCCAAAUCAGACACUCGCCGAGGGGAUCCUCCCCCGAGAGCUUCGAGGCCUCGUCGAACGCCGUCGCCAAGUGAAGGCAAUGAUCAAGACGGCAAAGGAUGAUGCCGAGAAGAAGCAGCUGGACAUUCGACAAAUGGCGCUCAAACUAACGGCCAACAGCAUGUACGGGUGUCUGGGGUUCCAGAUGUCGCGCUUCUACGCGAAACCCCUCGCCGCACUUGUCACGUCGAAGGGGCGAGAGAUUCUGACGCAGACGAAGGACCUGGUGGAACGUCUCGGCUACACGGUCGUCUACGGCGACACCGACUCGAUUAUGAUCAACACCAACACGCGAGAACUCAAAGCCGCCAAGAAGCUUGGCUAUGAUAUCAAGAAACAAGUGAACCAAUGCCACAAGCUGCUGGAACUCGACCUCGACGGUGUCUUCAGGCGCAUGCUGCUGCUCAAGAAAAAGAAAUACGCGGCGUUGACGAUCAACCUCGACACGGAGGCCGAAAAGAAGGAGCUGAAGGGGCUGGAUAUCGUCCGAAGGGACUGGGCCGAUAUCGCCAAAAAGGAGGGAACAAAAAUCGUCGACCUGAUCCUGGACCCACAAUUGGAGAGAGAAGAGCUCGUGGCGGCCAUUCGAGAUUCACUGGCUCUGCUCAGGGCCCGAAUUGAAGCCGGUGAAGUGAAACAGGAAGAUUACGAGAUUUUGAAGCAAUUGAAACGCGAUCCCGAGCAGUACGGCGACGUCAAAUCGCAGCCACACGUCUCGGUGGCCCUUCGCCUGAAUUCGACCGGUCGUUUCCGGAUGAAGAGGGACGAUAUUGUCAAGUAUAUCAUUUGCGAGGAUGGGACUGCCAAUUCGGCCAUUCAACGAGCAUACCAUUCUUCGGAGCUUGACGCCAAUCCGGCGCUCAAGAUUGAUAUCCAAUACUAUCUUGCCAAUCAACUGCACCCCGUCAUCUCACGUCUUUGUGAGCCGAUCGAAGAAGCCGAUCCAGCGACGAUUGCGCAGGCGUUGGGCCUCGACCCGCAACAAUUCAAGCGUUCCGGCCACUCGAAUCAACAUGCACACGUGGUCGAGGAGACGUUCGACAACUGUGAACCCUUCAAGAUUGUAUGUCCACAUGCUGAAUGUGGAUUUGAGAACGAGAUCACCUCGCUGGUUAGGACAGAGAAGGGCCAAUGGCGUCUGUCGAUCGAGUCAUGCCAAAAGUGUGCCCGAUCGCUGUCAUUCAGCCCCGACUACAUCACCAAGGCAUUCGAGGAACAGCUCGACGCUUUUGAGAAGCUCUACAAUGCCGCCAAGUACAAGUGCGAUGUGUGCGAGACGGAAGGCGAAGACCUAAAGCCGAUGGGUGAUGGGACAAUUCUGUGCCCGAAUCUCGACUGUAACGAUGGCACGAUGAGGAGAAUGUAUACUCCGGCUCAACUCUACCGUCAGCAACGCUUCUUCCGCCAAAUGGUCGACCGUGACGGGGCCAAGACGCGACUCACCGCUGCGCAGAAUGGUUGCAUCACGGCCUCGUCGCUGCAGACAUUGAUCGACGACAUGUUCAGGAUGGUGCGCGAACGGCUGAAGAAGAACACGUACGGCACCGUGGAUUUGGCCCGUCUGUUCGCCCCCCUACUCAUC